AUGAAAUUCGGUGAGACGUUGCGCAAGUCCCUAAUUCGACAAUACAGUUACUAUUAUAUCGCAUAUGAUGAUCUGAAAAAGGAGCUAGAAUACAAUUUAGAGGCAAAUAAUGAUGAAUGGUCCCAAGAUUUGGAAACUUCAUUUCUGGAAGCUUUGGAAAUUGAGUUGGAUAAAGUGUAUAGCUUUUGUAAAGUCAAGCAUGGUGAAGUCGUACGAAGAGUUAAAGAAGUUCAACAACAAGUUCAACAUACUGUUCGUCAGAUUGAUUCAAAUAAUCCUCCAACAGAAUUAGAUUUCGAAAUUCUAGAAGAAGAACUAAGUGACGUCAUCGCUGAUGUUUAUGAUCUUGCUAAGUUUUCACGUUUAAACUACACUGGUUUUCAGAAAAUUAUCAAGAAACAUGAUAAGAAAACAGGAUUUAUAUUAAAGCCUAUCUUCCAAGUCAGAUUGAACGCCAAGCCAUUCUUUAAAGAAGACUAUGAUGAUUUGGUUGUAAAAAUAUCACAACUUUAUGAUAUUGUUAGAUCAAGUGGGAGGCCAAUUCAUGGGGAUUCAUCUGCUGGGGGUAAACAACAAAAUUUUGUAAGACAGACAACGAAAUAUUGGGUACAUCCAGAUAAUAUUACUGAAUUGAAACUGAUUAUAUUAAAACAUUUGCCAGUUCUUGUCUUUAACACAAACAAGGAAUUUGAAAGAGAAGAUUCUGCAAUUACAUCUAUUUAUUUUGAUAAUGAAAAUUUAGAUUUAUACUAUGGUAGGUUACGUAAGGAUGAAGGAGCUGAAGCACAUAGGCUAAGAUGGUAUGGUGGUAUGGAUUCUGACACUAUUUUUGUGGAAAGGAAAACUCAUAGAGAAGAUUGGACAGGUGAAAAAUCAGUUAAAGCGAGAUUUGCAUUAAAGGAACGUCAUGUUAACGACUUUAUCAAAGGGAAAUAUACGGUUCCACAAGUGUUCGCCAAAAUGAGAAAAGAAGGUAAGAAAUCGCUGAAAGAUAUUGAAAAUUUGGAAGCACUGGCAUCGGAAAUUCAGUACGCUAUUUUGAGUAGAAAAUUAAGACCAGUGGUAAGGUCGUUUUACAACAGAACCGCAUUUCAACUACCUGGCGAUGCAAGAGUUCGUAUAUCUUUAGACACUGAGCUUACAAUGGUUAGAGAAGAUAGCUUUGACGGGGUUGACAGAACGCACGGUAAUUGGAGAAGGACUGACAUCGGCGUGGACUGGCCAUUCAAACAACUAGACGAUAAGGAUGUAUGUAGGUUUCCCUAUGCCGUUUUGGAAGUAAAAUUACAAACACAGCUUGGUCAGGAACCUCCAGAAUGGGUUCGUGAAUUAGUUGGUUCUCAUUUGGUGGAACCAGUCCCCAAAUUUUCCAAAUUUAUCCACGGUGUCGCCACCUUACUAAAUGAUAAAGUUGAUUCCAUCCCAUUUUGGUUACCGCAAAUGGAUGUGGACAUUAGAAAACCGCCGUUGCCAACAAACAUUAAUAUUACCCGUCCAGGAAGAGGCGAAGGUGGUAACGAAGAUGAUUAUGAUGAGGAUGAUGAAGAUGACAGCGCCCUUGUUGCAGCUAUGACAGAUGCUCCAGGUAAUAGCUUCGAUAUUGAAGAAAUUAUUGGAUAUGGUUCAAUAAAUCCAUCAACGAAUGAAGGUCCAGCCCAGAAUGCUCAAACAGGAAGCCACAUACAUACAGUAGCAAGUGCCAAUGCGCCAUACUAUCAAAGAAAAAUAAGAGAAGCUAAGAAUCCUAUUGGCAAGAAAUACUAUGAAACAAUAGCGUUUUUCGAUCACUAUUUUAACGGUGACCAAAUUUCAAAAUUGCCAGGUGGGACAGUCUUUGAUACACAAAUCGAAGCCCCACCUGGGAAAUCAAUUUGUGUUCCAGUUCGUGUUGAACCAAAAGUGUACUUUGCAACCGAGAGAACGUAUCUUUCAUGGGUUUCUAUUGCGAUCUUAUUAGGUGGUGUUUCUACUACAUUGUUGACAUAUGGGACGCCAACUACGAUGCUGGCAUCUAUAGGUUUCUUCGUUACUUCUUUGAUAACGCUUUUCCAUGCAGUUAAAGUGUAUGCGACUAGAAUCGUGAAUAUUCGUUUAAAAAGAGCUAUUGAUUAUGAGGACAAAGUUGGUCCACCCAUGAUUUGCAUCUUCUUAUUCCUUUCUAUCGCCUUUUCAUUUUUCUGUAACUUAGUUUAA